AGCAAAUAAACCAAACAUGAAAUUCUUAAUUGUCCUCGCUUUCGUCGCGGUAGCGUCUGCAGCCACUCUUCCCCAGAAGAGAAUCAACCAGGCUGAACUCGAUGAAAUCCUCGCAGCCAUCCACAGCCCCAGCACCCACCCUGCCACCGCAGCUGCCCUAGAACAGAUGCUCCAGGACCUCCUCGGUGCUGCCUACCCCAUCCAAGUAGGACCAGCGGUUAUCGAUCCCGUUGAUGAAAUCUCCGUUGGACCCGUUGUCGUCGAACCUGUUGAAGAGAUCGCAGUUGGACCCGCUAUCAUUGACCCUGUCGAAGAAAUCUCUGUCGGACCCGCUAUCAUCGACCCUGUUGAAGAAAUCUCAGUUGGACCCGCCAUCAUCGACCCUGUCGAAGAAAUCUCAGUUGGACCCGCUCUAAUUGACCCACCAGCAUUCAACCCCUUCCCCUUCAAUGGCCCCCUCGUCCAGGUCGUUGUUAACGUGAACUCAGCUUCUUCCGGCUCAGUGGUGGUGGAGCAACCUGCUCUAGUCCCCGCUCCCGGCGCCGACCUCGACCAGAUCAAACCAGAACCCGUAGUGGUUGUAGACGCUCCUGAACCAGUUGUGAUUGCCCCAGAACCCGUCAACGUCGGCAAUCCAAUCUUCCCCGACCUCGCCAUUAACCUUCCUGAACCCCUCAAUUAAAAUAUUCAGUAUUAAA